AUGGAAAUGAAAAUUAAUUCUGUUAUUCUUAAUAAUUUAAGGAAAUUAGAACAACAUAAUAAUAAUAAGUCAUUUCCAUUAAAACUUAAUAUAAUUAUUGUUUAUGAUUCAAAUCCAAAAGACUCUUCAUUAUAUUAUGAUCUUCUUCAAACAUUAAUGAAAUCAAUUAUUUCUUCAUAUAAAUUACCAUUAAAUUAUUUAAAACAAACAGAACAAAUUGCAUUAAAAGAAUUUAUUAAUGAUCCAUUUGCGUGUGUAAUAAGUGUUAUUUUAAUAGCAUCAAAUAAUAUUAAUCAAUAUAAUUUUUGUGGUUCAUCAAUGAUAUUUUAUCCAACAUUAGAAGAACAACCUCCAUGUUUAAAUUCAUUAAUAAAAAAAAUUAAUAAUAUUCCAUUUUAUCUUAAUUAUCCAAUUAUUAUUAUUCCUCAUAAAAUUACUCUUUCACCUGUUCUUCCUAAACAUACAGGUAUUGUUAAAAUUAAAACAUUCACUGAAGUACUUUCUUCUUUUAAUUAUGCUUUUUAUUGGGCUUUAACAACAAUAAAACCCUUUCCAUUAAUUACUUCUUCUUCUUUAUCAAAAUUUCUUUAUUCAUUAAAACCACAAUUACCAACAUUAUAUUCUGACUCAAUACCAAAUGAUCCAUCAAGUUAUAUUUCUUCAUAUAAUGCUUUUAUAGAAACAAUAAUCUUUUUUAUUACUGAUGAAUCAACAAUACAAUUAUUUGAAAUUGAACCAUGGUUUAUUAAUGAAAAAAAAUACCCAUUAAUGAGUAAUAUUAUUAAUAAUAAAUUACAUUAUAUUUCUUCUAUUCAACUUGCUUUAAAAAAAUAUUUAUUACCUUCUUCUAAUUGGCCAAUUAAUAUUCAACCUUCUCAUAUUAUUGAAUAUGCAAAUAAAUUAUGUGACCCAACACUUCUUUUAAAACAAGAAGAAUUCUCAUUUAUUGUUCCUCAAAUUAAAAGAAAUGCAUUUUUAAAUUCUUUAAAUGAACAAUCGACUAUUGAUGAUUUAAUGAAAACAAUUAUUAAUUUCGUUUAUAAAUGUGCAUAUUCUUUCAUUAAUGAUAUUUCUAUUAUUAUUCCUUCUGUUCCUAUUGACAAUGAAUCGGAUUCUGCUUCAACAUUAAAUCAAAUUGAGUAUGAGUCUAUUACCCAUCAAUCUUUACUGGAAAAAGAAUCAACUAAACCUAAAUUUAAUUCUAUUAAUGACCAAAUUAAAUUUAAUAAAAAAAAUUGGUUAAGAGAAGGUUUAAAACGUUUAGAAUCUAUUUCCCCUCAGUCUUUAAAAAAUCUUGUUCUUCAAAGAGAAUUAGAUUAUUGGAAAGAAACUGUUGAACUUCUUAAACAAGAAUUAAAACAAUUAGAAAUUAAUUAA